AUGCCAGAGGUCCAGAUAGCCUGGUUCAUGCAUGCAAGUCUAAUGCUAUUUCCCGUGCAAGUGGAGCCUGGCUGUGCAAUAACCCAACGCCCUCCUCUACCUUCACCAAUAGCACGACGAGAACAAGUCUUCCUGCGGCCUAGUCACCCUUUCCAAGCUGCAGAGUCCCAAGAAGCCAAUCAGUUCCUGACGACUUGCGUAAUACCGUGCACCGUUGACGGCGCACGUGAGAGAGAAAACAGUGUCCACGUAGCCUACUACCGCAGGAGGCAGUGCAGAUUGGAAGAAGGAAGCUCUGCCGAUAUUUUCAACGAGAUCUACUUGGGGUGCCUGGGGACAGCCUCAAAUUCGAAAUUGAGGGGAUAUCCCUUGUCCAGUUGCGAGAGAGCGAGCGACCGGAUAGCUGCAGAUACGUUGGGACGCCUUGUUUUGCUGGACCUUGGAGAUUGGAUGGACGGACGCAGGAUUCCCUCUGAUGCAAGGCUUGUCGUGUAA